AAAACUCCGUCCCGUCACAAUGGUCAUGAGUCUGAGCUAGCACUAGCUUGGAAGCUAUGUUUAUUUUCAUUUCUUAUAAUAUUUAUAAUUAUUUACUUACGUUAUUACAUAGGUUUUAGUUCAUUUUAAACACACUUUAAAUGUUUAGAAACAUACAUAAAUCAGAAAAUCUGUGUCAUGAGCGACUUCCGGGUUUAUUAGCAUACAAUAAUUAGAGCCGGCUUUAGAGAUUUAAGGUAAAAAGGUCCAAAGUGAAAUGGAUAAAUUUGUAGUCCGUGUGCCAAAGAAUGAUCAAGCAAGACCAGGACAAAAACAUGAAGAGAAAGUGUACAAACAGGCAACAAUAGAGUCUUUAAAGAGAGUGGUGGUGAUUGAGGACAUCGAAAGGUUCAAGUCCAUCUUGGAGUUGCCCGGUCAGACCAAAGAGAACAUGUUAAACGCUCUGACAGAGCUGGACAAGAAAGUGCCUUCCAAAGAAGUGCUCAAGUCCACCAAGAUUGGUCACACAGUGAACAGGCUGCAUAAGAGUCACCCGGACGUUGAGGUGAAGUCUUUAGCUCGUCAGGUUUACACACACUGGAGGACGUUCAUUGAGGAGAACUCCAACAAGCCGUCCAUCGAGGUCCGCUGUGAUAAACAGAGCGAGGAACUGAGGAGCAAUGCUAGAAAACUCCUGGCUGACAGCUUGGGGUUAGAGGCAGACGCUGCGCUGGUGGACAACGUGGAGAGGGAGGUGUUUCACCAGUGCUCGAGGCUGGUCAGCGGAGCGUACAGGAGGAGCGUGAGGGCGCUGGUGUUCGCUCUCAAACACAAACCUGACGUCCGAGCACAGGUGAAGGACGGCAGGAUCACUGUUAAUCUUCUCGUCAGCAACCACAAGAAGAAACUGUGAUGCUGAGAUCAAAGAGACGAUACACACACACACACACACACUUACAGAUACAGAUACACACACACACUUACAGAUACCCACACGCCCAUAUAGAUAAACACACACUUGAGAUACAGAUACACACACAAACACACACACACAAACAUACACAGACAAACACACACACUUACAUAAACAGAUACACAAACACACACUCUUACAGAAACAGAUACACACACACACACACACACCUGCAGAUACACACUCACAGUCAGACGCAAAUACAGAUACACACACCGGUACUCAUACACACACCUACAGAUACACACACACACAGAUACACACACUUGCAGAUAUGCUCUCAGAUACAGAUUCUCACACACACACAUCCUGAGUCUGUACUUUAUUACAGUUUUUUCUGUAUUUGUAAAUCAUUUUUAGCAGUAGAAUGUCUGAAAUGUUUGAGAUAAACCAGAAAGUAGAAAAUAGGCCACAAUACAGGUUUUAUUUAAAUUUACUUGAAAUCUCCAUUCGGUUUAUUUGAUCCUUUUAUCUUGUUGUUUUUUUGUUUUAUCAUAUUAUUCUCAGCUUUUAACACGUGACACACAAA